GUCCAACAAUACAGGGUCUUACUGGACCCCUGUCAUUUUUCGAACCACUCCAACAAUAUUGUGCACCGAAACCUGGCUUAGUUUCCCUCAUUUUGGACUGAGUCAUCUGAGGUUUAGAACAGUACAUUAGCAAAGCUCUUGUCGUUGUUUUGACGUACCUUCUUCACGACAAAAUGCCGCAAAAGGUCGCUGUUGUCGGUGCUGGAAUCAUUGGCCUUGCUUCUGCCCUUCUACUCGCCGAGGAAGGCCUCAAGGUCAUUGUCAUCGCCAGAGAUCUGCCAGGAGAUGGCGGCAUUGGCUGGGCGAGCCCCUACGCGGGUGCCACGCUGAUUCCUCCGCCAGAAAUGGGUCAACAAGACAUGGCCAAGGAGUCAAUCGCCUGGUAUCAGAGGCUCGCCGAGAAAGACCCCAGCAGCGGUGUCCGCACCGUUACGGCAACAGAGUACUUCACAGAUCGAGACACCGACGAUUCGAUAUGGUACAAAGACUUCAUCCCGAAUUACAAACUACUUCCGCAGGCUUCGCUACCACCUGGCUGUAAGGUCGGAUAUUCUUUUCAAACAUGCCUGGCAAAUCCAGACGUCUUCCUUCCGUGGCUGAAAGAAAAGCUGGAAAGCCUGGGAGCCAGGUUCAUUCGCAAAGAGAUCGAAUCGUUACUGGAAGCCAGAGAAAUGACUGGUGCUUCGAUCAUUGUCAACGCUUCUGGACUUGGAGCAAAAUUGCUCGCUGGCGACGAAGCUGUGGCGGCAUAUCGGGGCCAGACGAUGUUUGUUAAGAGCGACUACGACGAGGUCAAGCUGAUUAAUGGUCACGAGUACACCUAUGUCAUCCCACGCAUGUACUCUGGAGGAGUCAUUCUAGGAGGCAUCAGCCAGGAAGAUAACAUUGAUGGGGCUGUCAAUACAGGGCUGCGGCAGGACAUCCUGCGCAGGGUGAACAGGAUGACUGGAAACGCUUUCGCCAACAUCAACCUGGAGACGGAUGCGAUCAAAGAUAUGGUUGGCGUGCGGCCUGGGCGUAAAGGAGGGAUCAGGGUUGAGCGUGAUGGCAGCAUCGUUCAUGCUUACGGGUUCAAGGGCGCUGGCUACGUUUACUCAUUUGGAGCUGCUGCCCAAGUGAAGCGUCUAGUGCUUGAGACGUUGCAGACCAAGCAGGCCAAAUUGUGAUAACUUU